UACAUUAUUUCCAUAACUCUACGCUAGUGAUACCUUGUUGUAGGUACACCACAUCGUCUACUGUGCGAUAAAUUUUGUUAUUUUUUUUUUUUUUUUGUCACCAAUCUGUCUUGUUUAUCCGUCAACCGUCUCCGUUCACCGCAGUGACGUUCUCCGCGCACUGAACCCCGUUCGCAAGUACUCCGCUCGACGAUGGCCAUAACAAAUACAGUGGUUAUUCCACGAAAUUUUAGACUGUUGGAAGAACUAGAACAAGGACAAAAAGGUGUAGGAGAUGGCACUAUCAGUUGGGGUCUUGAAAAAGAUGAUGAUAUGACUUUAACCCAAUGGACUGGAAUGAUUAUUGGACCACCCAGGACUCCUUAUGAAAAUCGAAUGUAUAGUUUAAAAGUAGAAUGUGGUCCUAUGUAUCCAGAUGACGCACCUGUCGCUCGGUUCGUUACACGUAUCAAUAUGAAUUGUGUUCAUAAUACUACUGGAUUGGUGGAUAAUAGACAAGUGCCUGUGUUAGCUCGGUGGCAACGAGAUUAUACAAUCAAGACUGUUUUGCAAGAGCUUAGAAGAUUAAUGACUCUUAAGGAUAACAUGAAAAUGUCUCAGCCACCUGAGGGUAGCACAUUCUAGCCAUCGCCGCUGUCUGAACCAUGGAAUAGCUUGUACCUAGCGCCUCGCUAUCAACCCACAGCUGUCGCACCGGUACAACCAACACAGCCAAUGCAAGCAGUACAACAACAACAACAACGUCGCUUCAUUGGUCGUUGCCUGAGGAUAAUAUUUCCAUGCUGCUAUUAUACAGCUCCUCAGACCGACGCCUAGAUUUUACUUAAAACAUUAGGGAAUUGUCUAUCCCUUUCAUUUGUGGUUUUAACAAACAACCA